AUGAUGGCGGAGGCCUCGAAGGAGAGACAGUCGCCGGCGGAGGCCUCUGCCAUGCGCCAGGACGAGCUCCUCGGGAUGGUGGCCCAGAUGGCGUCGGACGCGUCGGCCGGGCACCGUGCAGGAGCAAGCGGCUUCCCACGCGAGGGUCCUGAGGCAGGAGGUGGGCGACCUCGCGAGGGACGCCGCCCUCAACCACGAGGCCCUCUCGGAUUCUUCGAUUACCGCGCAGGGGGGAUCAACAACAGUUGGUUAGUCUUCAGAGCUGCGAAUUCGAUAAUCCUUUUGAGCCUGUUCGCUCUUAUCUGCAGCGUUCGCGGCUACAGUCUGGCAUUGUCCACCCACCCUCACCUCUACACCCGACCUGUAUCCCGGCUCGGCCACCAGCGCGGCACCCAUGGCGGGUCGUCGAGCAUUGCCGCCGGGAGUGACUGCAGCGCGCUGCGCCCGUGGCCUUUUCAAGGUCGCGAGGUCGUUCUCAGGCCGCGGCGCACGGCUCCGACGGUGUGCCACCUGCUCUGUUUUGCACGGGUGGUGGCGCCAGUGCCAGCGUGCAGCAAACGUUUCACCGCCGCUCCCCUUCUUGGCGGCGUUCAGAACUGCGAACUCAAGAAUCCUCUUCAGCCUCUUCGCUCUUAUCUGAGCGUUCGCGGCUCCAGUCUCGCAUAG